CUAAAUGAGUCACAAUGCUCAUUGUCGAAUGUCAGAUAUAUAGAUUGAGUUCAUUGUAAGGAAACAAAUAGUUUGCUUAAGCGUGACAGCAUCGUGAAGUGUUUUUACAUUUUUUUUUUUUUUAUUGUGAUUUUUACGCAACGUUUAUAUAUCUAUAUUGGUACUCACACUUUAUAUUUAAAACAUCUUUGAUUUUAUCACAAAUUCACAAAUAAAUUGAUAAUUCUGUCGCGGAAAGUGUGACAAAUUUUAAGAUUAAAAAUGAUACUUUAUUUUCUUCUUAUAUUCUCACUGCCAUUAGUUUUCUCAUCAUUAGAAAAAAUUGACUGCCAUAAUGUAUGGGAUUUUGACAUAAAUAUGUCAAAUGGUACUGAUGUUCGAAUUUCUAAAGGUGAAUUAACUAUUUUGUUUUCAAUGGACAAAUUUCGUGUUUUCACUUAUUCAAAUACAAAAUUAGUCGAUAUUCUUCUGAAUGAUACAAUAAUUAUUUUUAAAGGAGACUUAAUUGUCGACAAUUCUGUGGAACAAUCUCAAAGAAUUGAUAAAGCAUCUUAUUAUCAAGUACUUGGCACUGCAAAAUUAGAGGAUACGAGAACAUUUCAAUACUGCGAUAUAUUUUUAAUAAAAAAUAAUAACGAGAGCUGGAAUAUUCCAAUACAAGUGGAAGAUGAAAUACAAAAACGUGCAGAAAUUUGUAUGAUCGAUGAGUUCUUUAAAAAAAUUACAAUUCCUUAUUUUUCGAAAUUUAUCAUUUCUACUGAUGAAAAAAAUCAAAAUGGCCUAUCAGCACAUGAGCCUUAUUCAAAUUCAUUUCAUUUUCAAUCAUAUAUCAAUCAUAUUGUAGAUCUUGUUUUAAAAGAAAUUAUAAAUCAUUUAAAAAAAAAUCACAAUGAAAUGAUAAAAAUUCCAAAUAUCGAUCAAAAAUUUAAAGUUGGUUCUGGUAUUUUUGAAACAAAUGGUCGUUUUACAACAACAGAUGGUUAUUUCAGUGACAUAACAACUCUUAUGAGAACAACGGAUGCUCUUCUUGAUCGUGAUGGCCUCAAAUUUUCAGCAUCCUGUGGUUUUGGACUAACCAAGGCUUUAAUUGAAUAUAAUCAAUAUAAAUUGAAAUUUGGAAUUAUAAAACUUGAUGGUGUGAUAUCGGCGAAAAUUGACGGAAUAUCAAUAGAGGGAAAAGUUUCAGUUGAUUAUAAUUCAAAACCAUGUAAAACAAAAAUGGAAUAUUUUAAAAUUGUAAACUAUGGACAAAUUACGAUUAAUGUAACAGGUUUAUCGCCAUUUAAUUCAUUAGCAUCGUCUCUAGCCACAUGGAUUUCAAAAAAAUGGGAAAAUGAAAUAAUUGAAAUGGUAAAAUCAAAAAUAACCAAAAUUGUCGCUUUCGAACUUGAUAAAUUUGAUUGUGAAAAAAUAAGACCACAUAUAUAAUAUUAAGAAUAAAAAAAAAUCCGCGGCCAGUAAACAUUUUUAAAAAAUACAAUUUUCAGUAUUGUAAAUAAUUUUUUUUUUUUAAAUGUAAUUUUAAGAUAAAUAUUUCCAAUAAUAAUUAAAUGAAGAAAUAUAAAAAAAAAUGUGUUUAAUUAAAAUUGUUCUAUUUUUUAAA